GAUUUUUAAAGUCAAUCAAAAUCGUUGCUGAAGUAAUUUAAAAAGUUCGUUUGGGGACCAAGAUUUUUUAAUCCAUUGUGUUCGGUGCGGUUUGUGCGCCGAUUGUUAUCAAUAACUGCGGUUACGCCAUCCAACAGCAACAAAAAACAGCAACAAAAAUACCGUUAAGUCAUUGUCGUAACCACAAACAACAACAACAACAGCAAAACAAUUGUGUGACUUCACUACUGGACAAUGCAAACGAGCAAGCGAUGAGGUAACCCACCCCCUGCCCCAACCAGCUCACGGCACUUUCCAAUCAGCUGCAAUCGAAAAUAUCCUGCGAAGAAGCAAGAAGGAAGGUUGAAACGCGCAGGCAGCAAAGCAUUUACGCAAACAAAUAAGUACACAAGCACGUACUCAAGCCUAAUCCUAGGCGUUUGAGCAGAAAGCCGCCCGAGAAUAAACAACUAGAACCCAAAGAAUAAAAUAAAAAUUGAAUAAAAACAUUCAACAUACAAAUACAUGCAUAUAUCUGUAGAAAGGGGAAAUUUAUAUAACGCUAGUCAGCUGCAGCUUUAUUGUAAUAAUCCUGUGGUUCAUGGCCCAUCUCUGCCCCUAAGGAAGAAGUAGACCAAAAAAUAUUUAAGUCGAAAUACCAGAAAUAAAUCCAUCAGCGCAUUGGAAUUUCGUAAGAGCGACAGCACCACCACUUCACAUUCUCCAUCUGCCGUGGCGCAUACUUGAAAUUUCCGAAUUCCGAAAUUCCGUUUUCUUGCUCGCCUGGUUUACGAUUAAAUUUCCAUCAUUGCGUUUUUAUAUUUUACGCCAACGUGCCCCGAGCACAACCACCACCAUCAUCCGCACCAGUUUCAGCACGACCAUCAGGAGCAACAACAACAGCAGCACCAACAACAGUUUAGCCAUCAUCAACAGUUGUCAGAGCAGCUGCACGCCACCCACACGCUGUUCAAGCAAACACCAGCACCGAAGGUCGUGCUCUUGCCCUCACCAGCAACACAUCUCUACUCACCGCACGCUGAGUCACCAGUGUAUGCCAACAGUAAAAUAGCCGCCCUAACGGCUCAACACAGCAUAGGUAGCGGUAAUAUAAGUUGUAGCAACAACAACAGUGCCACCACCGUCAGCAGUAGUAGUCCCAUCAGCAAAUUUUACAAACAUCGUUCCACAACGGCGUCGUCACAUUUUCUUAACAUCGCCGACACAAUGAAACUGUCAAAGUUGUCCAAUCAGACGAACUCGCAGGAUCCGCAGGCGGUGAAUUCGCGCAUCUUUGUGGGCAAUUUGAAUACGUUCCAGUGUUCGAAGACAGAUGUGGAGCGUAUGUUUCAGAUUUAUGGUCGGUUGGCGGGCAUAUCAAUGCAUAAGGGUUAUGCCUUCGUGCAAUUCACAAAUCCUUUUGAUGCUCGAAACGCCUGCCAUGGCGAGGAUGGUCGCACAGUGCUGAGCCAGACAUUGGACGUCAAUAUGGUUGCCGAGCCAAAGCCACACCAAAUUGGUAGAAAACGACAGAACGUAUCCAAAACUGGAAAUGACUGGGACUACUUCUACGACAGCUACUGCUCCUCGACGCUGCUGCGCUCGUCCGGCGUACGACCGAAGAAGCGUAAACGCUUAAUGACCUCCACUUCGCGUAUGCUUAGCGAUGCGGUGAAUAGCAGCAAUAUAAAUGCUGCUGUCGCGGCCGCAGCGCUCGCUCAACAACAUCAACAGCAAAUGCAUCAACAACAACAACAGCACACCACUCACUUGUUGCCUCAUCCCCAUUCGCAUCAGCAUCACGUGCAGCAACAGCAGCAACAGGCGGUCAAUAAUCAUCACCACCAACAACAACAACAACACCAGCAGCAACAACAACACCAACAGCAGGUGGCCGCCGUCGCUAUGGCCGCCAUGACAGCCAAUUUAUUGCCACAACAACAAUUAUUGCUACAUCAGCAUCAACACAGCCUCUUGGGUAAUGCUGCUGCGGCGGCGGCAGCAGCUGCUGCCACAUGCAAUGGCGUAGGCGGCGGUGCCGCGGGUGCGAACACUGGUGCCACCAGCGCACAUCACAGUCUUAGCGUCUACUUGCAACAACAGCAGCAGCAGCAUCAACAGCAACAACAACAAAUCAAACAACAGCAACAACAACAAGCGGCUGCCGCAGCAGCAGCGGCAGCAGCAGCCGCAGCGGCGGUCAGUCAAUACACGCUGACACCGACGGGUGGCCUGCAAUUGAAAACGUCAUCGCCCGCAUCGUCGUCAUCCUCGUCGUCAGCAAUCAUUGCUGCUGCUAAUCAAACAUCGUUGUUGAAUGGUUGUGGCAGUGGUGGCGGUGGUGGCGCGACUAACGAGCAAAUGUCAACGACGACAGUCAACAGCUAUGGCAGCUUGGCAAAUGGUAAAACACCGCAGCAACAGCAACAACAAACGGCAUAUGUUGGUGGCGCCAACUUACAGCCGUUGACAUUGUCGCUGCCGAAUAUGCAUCAGACACAGCAGCAGCAGCAGCAGAACCAGCAUAAGUCAUCAUUGCUACAAAAGCAAACACAGCUACAGAACCAGCAGUCACAGCAGCAACAACAACUCCAACAACAGCAGCUGACACAUCAACCAGAGCAAUUAACUUCGAAUCAACAAUGGGGACCAUUCAAAGUUUACAGCAAUCCGGACACAUUAAUUUGCGGCAAUUGUCGGGAAUGUUUCAACGAACUGGCUGAAUUAUUAGACCACAAGCGGAGUUAUUGCAAGUUGCGUUUCACAUGCAAGUGCCAGGAUGUUGCCUUCGCUGCAAAAACACCACCGAUGAGCGCCAAAUUGUUGUGUGCCGUUUGCAAGGACGCCUUCAUCAAUCCGUGGGAUCUAAUGGUGCACGCACAGGCCGCUCACAUGGUCAACAUUUACGAAUUGGGCAAUGAGGCUAAUAACAAUUACACCAUAGCCGAUUCAAACGAAAUUGCCACUACAGCCACUGCUACAAACAAUAUCAACAACAACAACAACAACAGCAACAGCAAUAAUGGGACCUCAAUCACAACCACUGCCAGCAGCCAGAACAACAAUAACGGUACGGCUGAUUUAACUAAAAAUGGCCAGUUGUCAUCGCCGUUGCAGUCGCAGUCCGUGUUUAAGAUCGAGUUAAAUAACAACAACAACAGCAAUAAUAACAAGAAUCUAGCUAAUCACAACAACAAUAGCAACAACAACAGCAACCACAUUGGUGAUAAUGAUAUACAAAUGUCGCCAACAACCGAAACAAUGUCCACGCACAUUACAACACCAACAACAGCAGCAAUAUCGUUGGCUGCUAAAUUAGAGAACAACAAUAAUAACAACAAAAAUGAAAAUAACAACAUGAGCAAUAUGUCGAUUGGCGGCAACAGCAACGGCUUCACUGCCAACAGCAAUGGGCAUGUCUUCGUCGGCGGUAGUGGCAGCGGAGUUGGAGGCGUAGGCGGUGACGUUGAUGGUGAUCACUGCAUGGAAGGCAAAUUUGGCAUUUGUCCGAAUGGCGGCUCGAUUGCCAAAGAGGAAACCCAACUCUGCGACUCUCCCUUAGACGAACACAUUACGAUUUUAGCACACCGCCAUCAAGUGGAUGAAGUCAAAAUGUUGAAUGGCUCAGUAUCAUCGCGUGACAGUACACCUUCCAUGGAGCAUGACGAACACGAGCCGAAGCAGCCGCAGCAGCAGGAAAAACCGCAGUCUGCUUGUAUUGUGCGUACGCUGAGCAUUGAAGCUGCCGCCACCAACAGCAACAAUACAACAACAAGCUUGAUGACCAGCACUUUAGCUUUAAGCCUUACAAAUGGUGUGGCAAAUACUGCAACAGCUGCUGUGGCGCCACAGUAGAUCCUUGACGGCGGAAAAUAAAGCACCAACAAAAAAAAAAAGAGAAAUAAAUAAAAAUUAACAACAAAAAUGCUGGCAGUAAUCGUGUGACUUAUUUAAUACAAAUACAAACACAAACAAAAGUCAAAUUAAAACGAAUGAUGUGCUGAAUUGGUUUCGCGCGCGCACACGGCGUAUGAGUGACGGCGGACGAGGUGGACAUGCGGAUGUACUCGUACGAGUAUGUGGGCUGAUGCAGAGAGCUGCAUAUAAAAAUACGUAUAUGUGUAUAGUGUGUGCUUUAAUAUGUGGUAUGCAGUAUUUAUAGGCAGUUACAUUCAUAUGCAAAUUUGGCGGUGUUGGUGAGUGAAAAGAUUAAAAAUAAACUUUAUUUCCAGAUUUUUUCUUAUUAAUAUAAUUUUUAAUACAUUUUUCUUUGUUAAAUGGCCGCAAAAGUGUGUGCAUAAGCUUAAACAAAAACAAAUAAAAAUAAAUUAAAAAAAUGUAUAAAUUUUAAACUGCCUUAACUGUUUGUUAUGCCAGCAAAACAAAUGCAAUGAAAUUUUUGAUUUGUCAAUAAUCGUUGCUUACUUUAGCUGUCAAAUUUGUAUAAAUAAAUGCGAUGAGGAUUAAUAAAAAUUAUUUUGACAACUGGCUAAGCCUUACUCUUAAUUAGCCUUUAAUGGUUCUAUUUUAAUUUUUCUUUUGAUUUUUUUUUUGGUUCUUUUAUUUUUUAAUAAGUACUAAUUUU